UAUCGUACAAGUCCUCAACAGGAGAUGAGGACUUGUACGAUAUCUUCGUGUCCCUCCGUAAUGGCUAGGAGCAGUGCAGUUUCUCCAUAUUAUAUCUGCUUACAUAUCGUAGAACAUGGUGCCGAUAUCAAAUUGAAAAUUCAGAGUGGCGAGACUCUGCUUCAUUUUGCAGCGCAAAAAGGUGUAGAAGAAAUUUGCAGGUUGAUAAUCGAGAGAGGAGCUGACGUGGAUGCCAAAGAUGAAAGAGGAUACACAGCUUUACAUGUUGCCGCUGAAAGUGGUCAAGUACGUAUCAUGGAAAUUCUCUUGAAUUGGGACGUCGACAUCAAUACCAUAAAUAAGGAUGGUGAUACUGCACUUCAUCUUGCAUCCAUUGCCUGUUACGACAAAGCUGUUCGGACUCUCAUAGAAAAUGAUUGUGACGUAAACAUUGUUAACGAUGACCAUAAAACAGCGUUGCGCUUAUACUGUUCUAAGUAUGGAUCUAUGGAUCGAUUGUCCAUGAUCCAAGAGCUACUACUUAAAAUGGAGAAGAAAUGUAUUGAAGAGAUAAGGAGAAUGAAAAGCACAAAAAUUAAGAAUACUGUAAUAACGUUCCAUGAUAUCCUAACAAAACGCAUAGACCAAAUAGCAUUAUACGCGAGAAAUGAAGAUGUUGUUCAAGUUAUGGAAGCGAGCGAUUACCAGACAAUGUUUCCUACGUACGAAGAUAUAAUAAAACGUCGUUUCAACAGAGGUAAGGUACGAAAGGAAUUGUUAGACGAGAGCGUUACAUUUUUCCGCUGGUACUUCAACAGAGAUUAUGAUUUAAUUUGUAUUCAAGGAAUAUUAAAGUACCUCAGUAACUUGGACCUAACGAAUUUGAGAAAUGCUUGUAAAAAGACGUUGACUGCCACGUCACCCUUAUUCGAGUUACAGCAAAGUCUCAUGUCCAAAUAGAUAUUCGACUGACGCUUGUUUGGCUACUUUAGUUCUCCAUGGUGUCAAUUAUUUCUACUGACUAAGAAUAUUCUGUUUUAUCAGCUGUCUUUCUUUCAUUUUCUUGCCUGUAAUGAUGUUCUUAUUACGCUUACCUUUGAAAUCAUGUCUCACGUGUAGCGCUUGGUCCUUCGGAAAUAUUGGCUGCAUCAAUCUCAAAUGCUUUUGCAUCAGAUUAUGCAGCCUAAAAAAUUAAUCUUAAUUACUUUAAAUAUUGCAAUUACAUUGAUGGACGCAGUUGAAUAGAUUUUCCAGUUUAUAUCUCCCGUUUCAUUUUAUAUUAUUUCCUGCAGCAGUUUCAGGAAAUGAACAUUUUUAUCGUUCGACCAACUUGUUGUCUGGCUGUGAAUUUAAUAUAAUACUCAG